AAAGAGCGACGGAACACCGAAGCUAUUUCCGCUAAUAACAAAGCAGCUAGCCCGAAUUAUCUUGACGUGUAUUGUCUGUUCUUAGCUUUAACGGGCAACUGGUCGAACCACAUGACAGUGGGAUUUUCAGAGGAGUCAUACAUGAAUGCCUUACAGCUGACACGAUGGCUAACUAAGCACCUGUGCUGCUCAACGCCAUAAACCCGUUCGCCUGUCGUUAGCUUACAGGCUAACGUGGCGGUUGGUUUAGCACGUCGGCUGACAUUAGCUCGUUGUUAGCAGCUAUAAACAUGUCCUGAGACCGUUUUAUCGAAGGCGAUAAGCGUUCAUAGACCCAUCAGAUUCUCAGACCAGAUUAACACGCUGCAGAUCUGCAACAUGAAGAUGUUUUCAGUGGCACACAAGACCGUCUUCGUGGUGGACCACUGUCCCUACAUGGCCGAGUCCAGUCGUCAGCAGGUGGAGUGUGACGUCCUGACCAAGAGCCGGGGUCAAGGGGUCAUCCCCCUGGCCCCCGUGUCCAAGUCCCUGUGGACCUGCGCCGUGGAGUGCUCGAUGGAGUACUGUCGGAUCCUCUUCGAUGUCUACCCCGUGGACAAGCUGGUGAAUUACAUCGUGAGCGAUUCGGAGUUCCACACCUUAAACAGCUGGCGGCGGGAAAAUCAGAGCACCCACGAGCUCAUGUCGGCCCUGGCCGCCGUCGGGCCGCCGAACCCGCGCGAGGACCCCGAGUGCUGCAGCAUCUUGCACGGCCUGGUCGCCGCCGUGGAGGCUUUGUGCAAGAUCACGGAGCUGCAGCACGAGAGGCGCACCGCCUUGAUGGACACGGCCGAGAGAGUGGCCAACAGAGGGCGAAUCAUCUGCCUAACCAAUGCCAAAAGUGACACCAAUGUGCGGAUGUUGGAGGACUACAUCCAGGAGACUAUUUCAGAACAAAACAAGCUGGCAGCGGGCUCCGACAGGUUGAUGGCCAUCCAGCAGUGCGAGCUCGUCGUAAUUCACAUCUACCCACAGGGAGAGGACACGCUGGUGUCGGACCGGCCCAAGAAAGAGAUCUCGCCGCUGCUCACUAGUGAAGUUCACAGCGUGCGCGCCGGGAGACACCUGGCUUCCAAACUGAACAUUUUGGUCCAGCAGCACUUUGACCUGGCCUCCACCACCAUAACAAACAUCCCCAUGAAGCCCACAUUAAAUGUUUGCGAACAGGAAGAGCAGCAUGCCAACACAUCGGCAAAUUACGACGUGGAGCUCCUGCAUCACAGAGACGCUCACAUGGAGUUCUUUAAAAGUGGGGACUUGCACAUGGCAGGUACGAGCACUCGGGAGAACGGAGUCAAAGAGACCAUGACGCUGAAAUGGUGCACGCCACGGACCAACAGCAUCGAGCUGCAUUACUGCACUGGAGCUUACCGCAUCUCCCCAACGGACGUAAACAGUCGUCCGUCAUCGUGCCUGACAAACUUUCUCCUCAACGGGAGGUCAGUGUUGCUGGAGCAGCCCAGAAAGUCUGGGUCAAAGGUCAUCAGCCACAUGCUGAGCAGCCACGGGGGCGAGAUCUUCCUGCAUGUCCUCAACAGCAACCGCUCCACCUUAGAGGACCCGCCCUCCAUCAGCGAGGGCUGCGGCGGCCGGGUGACGGACUACAGGAUCACUGAUUUUGGUGAAUUCAUGAGGGACAACCGGCUGACUCCUGUCGCAGAGUCUUCUUACGAGCCUUCGGGGAAGCUGCCAGUAGAAAGGGCCAAGGCUCAGCUGGAGCGCUACACCAGAUACUGGCCGAUGAUCAUCUCCCAGACCACCAUCUUCAACAUGCAGGCAGUGGUCCCUCUGGCCAACCUGAUAGUGAAGGAGGCUCUCACCGAGGAGGAUGUUCUCACCUGCCAGAAAACCAUCUACAACCUGGUCGACAUGGAGAGGAAGAACGACCCGCUCCCCAUCUCCACGGUCGGAUCCAGAGGCAAAGGCCCCAAGAGGGAUGAGCAGUACCGCAUCAUGUGGAACGAGCUGGAAACGCUGGUGAAGACGCACGCCGGCGCCACCGACAGACACCAGCGGGUUCUGGACUGCAUCGUCGCCUGCCGCAGCAAACCUCCCGAGGAGGAGGAGAGGAAGAAGCGAGGGAGGAAGAGGGAAGACAGGGAGGACAGGACAGAGAAGAACGGCAGCAAGGAGACGGAAGAUAAGAGCUGGCAGGAAUCCGAGAGACUAAAGGGUUUGCUGGAGAAGGAUGAUCAGGAGUCGGAAGUGAUCAAAGAUUCCCCGGAUUCACCAGAGCCGCUCAACAAGAAGCCUCGCCUGAUCCCAGAGGACGUUCAGCCUCCAGAGAGAGCAAAAGGUCCUGCCACACUCCUCAGCAUGUGGACCAAUCGCAUCACUGUGGCCAACUCUAGGAAGCACCAGGAGUUUUUUGGAAGAGCGAGUUCAGUGAACAGCAAGUUCGAGCUGUACCAGCACCUCAAAGAGGAGAAUGGGAUGGAUGCCCAUGAAAAUGGAAAAGCCACUAGAUGAUCCCCCUCAACGGAUCAGCUGCAUCAUCUUCUCCGAUGUAGACAUUAACUGAAUUGGACAACCAAAUGGGAAAUUUCUAAUUUUUUUUUUUUACACAUCGUUUUGUAGAUAUGAUCUUUACAUAUUGUAUUACCCAAUAAAAGCUGUCUGUAGAAAACA